CUGUGGAACCGGAUCAAGAGAACCCGGUCUUCAGUCCCCAGUCUGAGACUUGCUGUGACGUAAUGCCGUUUUGAUUAGUUUAUUUCUCACGUAACUGCUUUUCCUGCUCCAGACCACGUGGUCGCCGCCAGUUUUAAACCGAUAAUAAACACUGCAGAAGAAGAGCAGCACGUCACAGUGACGUCAUGACGCACAGUCGGAGAGCGGCUCGUUGUUGUAGCGGGUGAGCGCGUUCCUGCUCCUGAAGAACAAUACCGUUAACCGGAAUAUAGCGACCGGUACUGGACAGUGAGCGCGAGCGUUGGACCGGAAGGUCGAAGGUCAUGUUUCCCCACAAUGAGCGCCGUCCGCAAGCGUCUCAAACUCAGCCCCUUCAGACCCCAGACCCCCAACGGCCCCCCCGCCCGGAGACCGCUCAGCUCCCAUGAUGCUUUGCUGUCUCCUCUGGCACCUGCAGGGGGCGGAGCUCAGGAGGAGGAGGAGGAGGAGGAGGAGGAGGAGGAGUACCUGCUGGUGCAGGAAGACAUGACCGACUCCAGCCUCAUCAUCACCAUGGAGGACAGGCAGGUGAAGGCCACGAGGAGGAGAGCGGUGAGGAAGAGGAAGCCGGCGGUGGAGGAAGAGGAGAGGGUUGGGGCCUCAGAGAGGGAGGAGGCGGGGGCGGAGGUGGAGAUCGACAGGCAGCUGGACCAAUCACUGGAGACUAAGUCCAAACAGCACAACCUCACCACUGUGAACGUGAGGAACAUCAUCCACGAAGUGAUCACCAACGAGCACGUUGUGGCCAUGAUGAAAGCUGCCAUCAAUGAGACGGAGGCCGUCCCUGCCUUUGAGCCCAAGAUGACUCGCUCCAAGUUCAGAGAGGUCGUGGAGAAGGGAGUGGUGAUUCCAGCUUGGAACAUUUCUCCCAUCAAGAAGACGAGGGACGUCAACAAGGCUCCUCAGUUUGUGGACAUCCCUCUGGCUGAGGAAGACUCCUCUGAUGAAGAGUACCACCCUGAUGAGGAAGACGAGGACGAGACAGCUGAAGAUACGUUCCAGGAGAGCGACAUGGAGAGCUCCUCCCCCAGAGGGACUCGCCCGGCCCCCCCGGAGGACGACAGCUGCAGCCCCUGGCAGGUGAAGACGUCCUGCUCUCACCUGUCCAUCAAAGCUACUUCUCGGAGCUGCUCGAGGCGUUUGAGGGCGGCGGCGGUCUCAAUGGGACCUCCGCCCCCCCCCAAGGCCCCGCCUUCCAAAGCUGUGCCUGACUGCACCUUCCUGGAGAAACUCCAUGCUGUGGAGGAGGAGCUGUCUGUGUGUAUAGAGCCCUACCAGCCUCUGCCUGAGUCGGAGGAUGCGGUGGGUCUGAUGGCGUACCGGACUCGGUCCAAGCGUCCUCUACGCAAUGUCCCACUUGGCCGGUUGGAGGCGGAGCUCCGAGCUCCCGACAUCACAUCUGACAUGUACGAGUUCAGCUCCGCCCACGAGGACAGGGACUGGACUGAUUGGCUGAGAGGCCUGAUGACCUCAGACAUGGAAAACGAAGAGGAGUGUGACGAUGAAGAUGAUCCGGAGUAUAACUUUCUGGCCGACACAGAUGAACCCGAUGUGGAGGAUUACCGUGACGACAAGGCCGUCCGCAUCACCAAGAAGGAGGUGAACGAGCUGAUGGAGGAGCUGUUUGAGACGUUGAAAGAAGACCUCGUGGCGGGACAGGAAGUGGAAGAUGAAGGGAACGAAGAAGAGGAGGAGCCACAGGAAGAUUGCAAUCAGUCACGAACACCUCAGGAGCAGCUUAACUUAAGCCCCGGAGACGAGGAGGCGGAGCCUAUCACAGAGCUGCGUACGGUGAAGCAGCAGAUGGCGUUCAUCAGAAGGCGCAGCACACACACACCGUGCAGCACACACACACCGUGCAGCACACACACAUCGUGCAGCACACGCACACCGUGCAGCACACACACACUGAAGCUGAGCGGGCAGCAGAGGAGCCGCCUGCAGCAGCAGCUCCAGCAGCAUGUCCAGCUGCUGAUUCAGAUCCACCUGUUGAGUUCACCUGUCGUCAAACUGCAGAGUGAAGCUGAGACCUGCAGACAGUUCCUGGUGGAGCUGCAGCUGCUGGCUCAGAGAGGAGAGCUGCUGAUGCCUUCAGGUCCUGGUUUCUGCAGCGUCUUCAGAGCCUCCAACCUGCAGGGGGCGCUGCAGCUGCUGGAGGAGCUGAGGCUGACCCCCAUCAGCUCCCAGCAGCAGGCCCACCCUCCGGACUCCAGGGGCCACAUGAGGUGUUUCCCCGUCCUCCAGGCUGAACUCUCCUGGCUCUUCUCCACCCGGCCGGUCUUCCUCUACCCAGAACUGCUGCCCUCUGCCAGCCUGGACCCCGACCUGUACUGCCCCCGCAGGACGGCUGCCUUCACUGCAGCUGAGGACUGCCUCCUGGUUCUUGGCCUCAGGAACAUGGAGGGGUCAUGUGACCCCACCAAGCUGGUGUCUCAGUUCCUGCUGAGGAAGACUCUGGUCCAGGUCCGCCGGAGGAUCCUGCAGUGCUGCAGACCUGGGUCACCUGACAACAUCGUCAAGGCCUUCAGGUACCAGCGAGUGGUGUGGCCCAUGCAGGUGUCGUGCCGGCAGGUGUCCCCGGCGGAGCGGCGCCCCCCAGUGGAGCGAGAGGAGGAGGCCAUGCCGCUGUGGCUGCUCAGGAGCCUUCCUGCCAUCUCCACCAGCAUCCAGGACCACGUCUGCAAGGCCCCGCCCCCCCCUCACCUGAGCCUCCUCCGCUCCUCCUCACACACCUACAGCUUCCCCCCCGGGACCCGGUACCCCCCACGCCUCCCCCCACACCUCCACUUCAGACGCCUUGGUUUUGUGGUGCAGCGCCUUCCCCGGGCUCCCCCUGACUCCUCCCCCCUGACCCGGGCUCCCCCUGACUCCUCCCCUCAACUCCUCCCCUGCCUCGGCCCCUGA